AUGAAUUAAAGUGAAGUUAAGGAAGAAAAUUCACCUCAUAAUUCAGAAUAGGCAUCUUAAAAUAUUUCUUAAUUUUUGUAACGUGAUUAUUAUGAGAAAUUCAAACUUGGUUAGAACCUUUAUGAAUAAUCAAUUACUUUAUCGAGAUUAUCAUUAGGAGAAAAGACUAGUGAAGAUUAUAAUAAUAAUACUUGCAUAGGUUUGUUACAUAUAUAAGAACGUUUGACGGAUGAGAUUUGUAAAAACCAAGUAAAUAAUUGACUACAAUUAGCUAGUUGUUAGAGAGUAAAGUAGCAUAACUUACUAAGGAUUUGUAAGCAGCUAUGGAGCAUACAGCAAUUCUUUAAAAAUAAAAUGAGAAUUAUGUGCAAAUGUUGUAAGAAGCAAACAUGAAAUUGUAAAAAUAGAUUAGGAAUUAUGAAAUAGAAAAAAUUUUAAACAAGUAACUAAUGAAAAAAAAUUAGGAAUUACAAGAAGUAAACAAGUAUAAUCUUAAUCUAAUUAGUAAUUAUUAAAAAUAAGUAUAAAGUUUUGAAAAGAUAAAAUAAUUACAGAACUUUUAAGACUGCAAAAAUAUUAUAUUAUCAAAAUGCCAUUAAAAAUCGAAUUAGUCAAUUUGUUCUUCAAAUAGGAAUAAAGAUAAGUAAAAUCAAGGCAAUACUGAAGAAUCCACAGUAAAGGAUUCUUCUUUUAGCGAAAUGAAAUCGAAUGAUAUUUAUAGGUUUGCAGAUUCCGCUCAACAAUUUUACAAAUGCUAAAAUAAUUUUUGGUCUCCUACCAAAUAAUCUUCUCCUAAAGCUGAAAAUGUGUAUCUAAUAAAAAAUAUUGAUUUUGCUUUAGCAUAAAUCAGACUUAUUAAAUAAUAAAUUCAAAAAUUAAAUAAAAAAUGA